CAAAAUGUGAAGCGUGUUUGUCGUGAUGCAGGGUGAGAAACAGAAAGCAGCUCUUCUUUAGAUGGCUGCCUCAGGCAGAGAGCAGAUCCGCUUGUCCUCCAGUCUAGGAAUGGAUCGUUCUUUAAUUCUGAUUUGAUACUCAUUUGGGCGGAUGCUAAGCUCAGAUCAACACCCCGGUGUUCUGUGUUUUGGACUCCUUAUGUGGCUCAACAGAGAAGCUUGGACAUUCCUGCUUGAAUUCAUCACAUCUCAGAGUUUGACAGCAUGGACUCCAUCUCUCAGACUUUGCGAGAUCAGGUCUCUGAGCUGCUGAAGCCUCAUAGAGCCUGCCUAGUGACACCAGUUCUUCUGCACCAGUCAAACCAGUCAUGUGGGAGAUCAGGAAGCAAGUUUGUGGUUCUGGGUCUGUGGAGAGGCUAUGUGGUCACCAACAAGCAGCCACUCAAGGUGGAGAGUGCAUUUAGCUACCUGGAGAUUUCUUCCAUCAACAUUCACAGUCUCACUCAGAUUGAGUUGGAGACGGACAGGCGCAGCCUGUCUUUCAGUGUCUUGCAUGAUGAAGAUCUUGUUGCCAUGAUCAGCCACAUGACGGCAUCACUAAAGAGGAUCUUCCCAGAUUCUUCUCCAGGAAAGUUGUUGAAGAGAGUUCCCCAGGACCUCCAGGACAGGCUGCUCACUCUGACUACUGUCAUAGAGGAGCAGCUGAACAGCCAACCAGGCCCCUGUGGAGGAUUCUCUGAUACAUAUGCUGCUCUUUGUGAUUGGAAUGAAAUGUCAUUCAGAGAAGAAAUUCAGUGGGACGUGGACAAUAUUUACUACAUACAUAACUGGAGAAGGUUCAACCUGCUGGACUUUAGCCAUUUAGAAAGCAGAGACUUGGCAUUGGCAGUAGCAGCUUUGUCCUUCAACCGAUGGUUUACUCAGAUCUACUGCAAAGAACUCAAACUGUCAGCUGAUAUCCAGCAGCAGCUCACUUUCCUGUUGUCCAAAUCUUCAAGUCUGGAGGAACUCUUGCUAGAGGACUGUGGAUUGAAAGUAGACUUUGCUGUGAAAAUGGCUGCUGCCCUUCAAGAGCACACAUCUCCCCCCCUGAAAGCCCUCAAUCUGUCAGGAAACUCCAUUGAAGAAAAAGGUGUAAUCGCCCUCAGUCAGGAGAUCAAGCAUUUGAAUGAGGGACUGAGGUUCCUCUCCCUGAGUCGUGUAUCAAUGAAUGCCAAAGGUCUUGGUUGUCUGGGUCAGGUGCUGUCUUCCUGUCAGCAGUUUUCUACCUCUCUGACUCAUCUUAACCUGUCUUGCAACCCAGGAAGUCUGAUGACUGAGGACGCCACGUUUCUCUUCAAGUUCUUGUCUGGCACAAACUCCCUGUCACAUUUGGACCUCAGUGACACCAACUGCCCUCUGGACACACUAUUUGUUUCACUAUCUGCUGGAUGUUGCUACAAGCUGACUCACCUGAACCUGGCCAGAAACCCCUUCAGCCACAGGAAAGUCCGGGAGGUCACCAGAAGUAUCCAGGAGUUCUUCAGUCAGAGCUGUGAGCUCAGAUACGUUGGCCUGUCUGCAACCAAACUACCUCCACAAGCUCUCAGGUUAUUGCUGCAAGGUCUUGCCACCAACACUCAUCUCUUUGGUUUGGAGUUAGAUCUCAGCAGUUGUGAGCUGUGCUCAGCAGGGGCCCAGGUGAUACAGGAGCACAUCUCUGAGGCUACAGCGAUCAGAAGUUUGGAUAUUUCUGACAACGGUUUUGAGAAUGAUAUGGUGACUCUGGUUCUGUCUGUUGGUCGGUGCCAGUCUCUUCAUCACCUUGCUCUUGGAAGGAACUUUGCCAUGAAGUCCAGAGCUCUCACCGACCUUCUUCAUCGUAUAGCGCAGCUCAUUCAGGAUGAAGAGUGUCCCCUGCAGUCUCUCUCAGUGUCUGACUCUAAGCUGAAAACAGGGAUGCACAUUCUGCUUAGCGCUCUUGGGGGCCAUGCUACUCUAACUGAACUGGACAUCAGUGGGAAUAAUAUUGGAGACACUGGAGCCAAAAUGCUGGCAAAAGCCCUGAUGACCAACACCAUGCUGAGGUCUAUAACAUGGGACAGAAACAACGUCACUGUCAGGGGUUUCCAGGAUGUGGCAGAUGCCUUGGAAAGGAACUUUACUCUACAGAAGAUGCCUCCCCCAUUGGCUGAUAUCACACAAAGUUACCGCAGCAACCCAGAGCAAACAAAAGAAGCCCUGAACAAGAUUCAGCAGUGUCUGUCCAGAAACAACAUGAGACAUUCUGGCAGUGUGGAGCUUCAGCAGGUGUUCAGGAGUCAACAGUCUGAGAAGAUGAUCCAAGGUAUGUGUCGACAGCUGGAAGACACCCUGCAGCGUGUAAGCCACUGUAAUACCCAGGCGGUCCAGAAUGAUAUUAUGGCUGCACAUGAAGUGCUCCAAAACGCCAGAGAGUCUCUGAAGCUGCUUCCAUCUCUGUGUGAGGAGAGCAGGAAGUGUUCGUCUGCUGGAGACUGGGUGAUGGAUAUCUUGUCUGAUACUGCCUCAGUACUAACUCAGGAAAUCAAAAAAGACUUUCAGGAGCUGGGUCAAGACUUGAUGGGCUAUGCAGAAACAGUGUGUCCAAGGGUGGUGCAGCGCUCCAGUGUCUGCAAGAGUCUAUCAGAGUGCAUGUCUAAAAGAAGCAAGCAGGCAGAAAUAUUCCUAAGAAGCACCCUGGUGGAAACCGCAGGGCAAAUCAUCAGCACCAGAUUGAGUGAAUUGAGACAAACAUUGGCUGUGACGCUGGCUGAAAGCAUGAUAGAACAGAUUCUACAAGAUCUAACUGAAGCGCAGGACAAGAUGGACUCCCUAAUAAGUGAAAAUCCUUCCAGUGCUCAAAGAAUCAAUAUCCCAGAGCUUCGACUGACUGACAGUGAUUUUCCAACUGAUGAUUACAGUCCAGCAUUCUGGAGAAGCAGUUUGCUUUCCAAGAGCCUAAGGCCUGCUGCUUCAAUCAAAAGUCUCUUGGAUGCAGAUUGUGAGCAACACACCAGGGAGAGAAGAACGGAGAGAGAGGGGGGAGGAGCUGCCAGAGAGGACGAUGGAGGAGGAAGGUGUGCGCUCCCACAGUUGCCACUCUCAACCUCAAGUCCCUCCCUUUCCCCUUCUACUUCCUUGUCCCCCUCCCCCCAGCUACAGAGAAGGAGGAGGCUGAUGGAGGGGGAGGUGGCAUCAGUGGAUGCUGCAGAAGCAGUAUCAGGAGAUAGUGGAGCAUCGCUCAGCCCUCCUCCCAGCCGCCCCCCUAGAAGCUACAGGAGAUAGUGGAGCAUCCCUGUCUAAGCUCCAAAACAGGAGGCAGCUGGUGGUGGAGGCCUAAACGGACGACAGGCUCUCUUCCCUGGCUGCAGCCCCAGCGCAGGCCCCCACCCUGGCUCUGGAGUCUCUGUUUCUCCCAUGGAGCCUCUACCAAGUCAGGGACAGACUCUUAGGCACUACACUGCCUCCCGACCACGGCCACGGCGCACACACACGCAACCCCCCACCUCCAGGCCUCAGGAACCAGUGACUGAGGAAAAGAAGGAAGAUAAUGAGGCAAUGGGCCGAGUGGAUGAGGGAGUAGAAGAGUUCUUCACAAAGAGAAUAAUUCCUGACUAUGCAUUAAAAGGCCGAUGGGAGGAAUCAAACCCUGCCCAAAUCCUUCCCACAGCACCAAGCUCCACCCAUUUUUCCUCUCCAUCUGACAUCACUCCAUCUACCACCACUCCCACCACCUCUCCCUCUGCCACAUCUACUGACUCUUCCCUUCCAUCCAUUGAUGUUCGCUCCCUUUCCUCAUCUACCACUUUCCCAUCCACAACUUGCUCCACCACCACCACAAUUCCUACAAAAAAUAUAAAGAAAAAGUUUGGUGAUUUCUUCCCCUUCAAGAGGGCUCGAGCAGGCCGAGCUGCCAAGACAGGCAGUGGAGAUGGAGGACAUGGAGCUGAAGGGGUCAAGGUCAAAAGGGCCUCCAUUGCAGAUUUCAUUCGACCCCUACGGGAGGCCAAAGACAGGGACAGAGACAGGGAAAGAGACAAGGAGAGGGAGAAGGAAAGAGAGAAGGAGUCAGAGGAGGAUGCUAACAUUUAUAAUGAUGCCACUACUACAGAAGGAACUGCCGCCCCCGGCCGCAUUCUUGCAGACGUUGUGAGGGAAACAGUAACCCCCGCUGAGUCAUUAAGCACAACGCAAUCCAGAAAGAUGACUCCUUCCUACCCCACCAUCACAACAAGCCCUGAACUCACCACCUCUGUGCUUUCUGAACCGGAGCAAGCAGCAGUUCCUGUAACACCACCCCUCAGUACCACUCCUGCAUUCAUUACAACACCAGCUGAAGGAGAAGCUCCAUCAUAUGUGGAGAGGAGACUGAGGGUGACCAAAAGACUGAGAGAAAACAAGAGCCAGAGUCUCAUACUGCUGACAGGAAUAGAGCCAGACGACAAGGAUAAUACACCCAAUAAGAAACAUGCAUCCGAUGGCACACCUGGCUUUGAACAGAGGCUUCAGGUGAUGCUGCACAGAAUGGGAGUGUCCAAAACUCCACCUGCUGAAACCAAGAUGUGCCAGGUAGACAGGAAUAAAGAUGAGGAGCUGAGAAAAGCCACCUCUGAAGGUGCUAUCCUAAACAAACCUGAACUACCUCCCAAAGACAUCAAGUCCAGAAUAAUGUCCACUUCAUCAGCUGAGUCCAGGCAUCCUCUGAGAGUGCAAGACCCCAACCGACCGGAACCGCUUUAUCCAAAGCCUUCCCUUCCUGAGUGCAUCAUCAGUCCCCUGCCCCCUAAACCUCCCUUACCAGCCAAACUUCCCCCACCCAUCCCAGCUGCUCGCCCCUCCUCUGCUCCUGUCUUCACCAGCUCAUCAGAGCAAGUCCAUCUUACAGCUCACACACAUGAUGGCAGGCCGAUGGAAACAGAGCAGAAUGGCAGCAGGGACGGUGUGCAGGGUGAAAUCCCCCCCCUGUCUCCAAGGAAAGAACUUCAUUCUUCAGUCCCAAAAUCUCGCAGAGGUGAUGGCACACCAGAUCGCAACGAGAAAGUACAAUCUGUCACUGAGGAGAGUCUUCCUAAACUACGCCAACACUUGAAACCCCUUCCUCAGCGCAGAGCUGUGUCUGUCCAUGAGGAGGCACUGACCAUGACGCAAGAACUCAAGGCUGUGUUACAGAAGUCACCCAUCUGUUUCCGGGGCAAUCGCUGGGACCUGCCCUCCUGCAAAGAAGAUGAAGCACAUGCCUACGCCACAGAAAACAAGCUGGAUGAUGAAAAGAAGGUCAAGAGUCAGACGGAUGAACAGGAAGCAAAGAGAGGACAAGCAAGCUGUGGAAAUACAGUGCCUCCAACCAAGCAGCUACUUUCACAAGAGGUAGAAGUACCUAGAUGCACUUCAGCUGGCAAGACUUUUACUGUGAUAGAGAGACCUCCCGUACUACCCAGGAAAAUGGAAAAGUUACCUGUAAACCUUCCAUCUGAGAGAAAGAGUCCAACCAGAAUCUCAGCUUCCUCACCAUUGCAAGAAAAAGUCCACAACACAUUGCCAGUUGGCUCUCAAUCCACAGAGAUAUCCCACAUAAGCCCAUCCUCCCAGAAAAACAGAUCUGUCGCACUGGAUCAGGGUGAUAACCCACAAGGGAAAGGAGAGACUCUCUCCCGACAGCACACAAAGAUGGCUGAGCCAGCAGAGCACAGAACUGAGCCCUGUCUGUUUGACUGAUGCACUCAACAGUCUGACCUGGAAGAGCUCUGUCACGUCACUGACGUCAGGAAGUACACGGGUAGGAAUCUCUACCCAUGUGAAUGUCCUACUCUUUUGUUUUUGUUUUUCGGCUGCAUUGUAUUUCUCAUCAUAGUGUGGGCAAGGCCAGCUUCACAGUUAAUUCCUGGGAUGAAUAAUCUUCUUGCACGUUUUUGACUGGAGGGAUGAGUCUAACGUAGAUUAUGCUCAUUUCUGUUAUUGGAUUCAAUAACAGAAAUUCAGUCAACAGUUUAUUUUAUGAUUUGAUUCAUGUUGUCUUUGCUUGUUCUCGCCAAAAGGCCAAAAUGUUAGUUGGAGCUAGUUAGCAUGCACCAAAGGGUGUCUGCUGAAUGGAUUUUUUUGAUACUUUUAUUUUGUUAUCAAACAUAUAGUUUUUAAUCACUAGCAUGUUGGGUUUCAUGUCACCUGACCUUUAACAUUAAAUAUGGAUUUAUGUACUGUUAAGAAAGACUCAUUCAAUGUAUUUAUAUUUCAACAUUUCAGUAUAUGUCAAUAAUAUUUAUUUACACAUUUUACCCACAUUUUCUUGUUAUACAUUUAAAACUAAGCUUCAAACGGUGAACUGGAUGGUUAUAAUAUUUUGCUUGUUUUUAGUUUUUAAUCUUCUAGAAAUUAGCAGGUUUCUGUAUAAGCUGCAUUUGACCAGGAAACCUAUAAAACUAAAGUGCUCAAAAACUGCCUUUGUUUUUUAUGUAGUAGUUCAUGGAAUUAUGAUUAUGACCCAUCAGAAUAUUGGCUGCAGUAAAUAACUCCUUUACUAUCUCUGAUGAAACAAAAAAGUUUUCAAACUAAUGUUACUGUUUUUAUUUAUUUAUUUUUCAUUAUUAUUAUUUGUAUUUUAUUUUGCUAUGUUAAAACAACUCAAGUCUCAACAAAGUUAAUAAAGUAGAGAUUCUGGCUUUUUUUUUUUUCUCAAUGGUUUGAACCAGCAUUUUGUUUGGAGUAGAUUUUUAUAAAGCCUUCUAAAAAUAAACUACAUAUAUAUUUGAUACAGCAGCAUGUAUGAAGAACUAAGAAACAGUGAGGGCAGGUUUAACAAUAACAUUGCAAAACUAUUCACCGGGGAGAGAAAAGUUUAAAACAAUUAAUAUUCUAAACGCAGAAUAGUUACAUUCCACCUGCUGUUUCACAGUUGUGUUCCUAAUUCUUUUUGAUUCAAAGCUAUUUAUUUGACUUUUUCUUAUUAUUCUAAUGUGCCAUUUGACAUCUCCUCAGUACUUGUUGUACAGACUGCAGAGUAAAUCUCACUUUCACCUGUUUUUUGCUUUAGUUGUGAAAAAAAAACUUUCUUACUAAAAGAAUCAAAAUGUAAGACUAUUGUUCUGAUUAUGACUUCAAUAGCACUUGAAGCCUGAUAAGCUUAUUUAAUAAUGUCCUGGUUCUAUUUAAACAUAAUAGUCAAAGAGAAAAGGUAAAAGUAACAAAGUUCAUUAAGCUGAAGCCUUGUUACUCAGUUGGUGUUUUGUAAAUGCAAACCUACACUCUCUGUGUGCAUGCCAAUCACAGAGGAGUGCAAACACAACACAGUGUGGCUGGAGCACGAGCCUGCAGCCAAUGUUAAGUUUAAGAUGAGAAAGGAGGUACUGUAGUCAAUCUAAGAGUGAAUGGAAAGGCAGAUGUUAUCCUUAGUGGCUCUGGUUGAAGACUAACGUGUUGUUUAAAAGUCUAAAGUCACCACACGCUGGCCUAUGAAGGAAUGUUGCAACUCUUUUCUACAUGAAGUAUCAAUCAUUGGUUUCAAAUGUCCCUCAGUUUUCUCUCGUAAUAGAUUUAAUAUAGCAAAAAGAGAAAUGCUCUCCAUUCAUCUUCAUCUUAGAAGGAAAACAGCACUGUAAAAUUCAAAGAUCCCCAAAACAAAAAAUGAAUUCACAAGAACAUAUUCACACUGAACACAUAGACAUAUAAAGAAUGGAAUUGUCUUAUGUCUUAUGUCUUAUUUUAUUUAGCUGUUAGCUCUGAAACAAAACAUUGAGACAAUUACCUUUUCGAAGGUGGGGCUUCUUAUGUCUGCACAGCAGAACCUUACAUCAAAAGCUAAAUGCUAAGACAAGAUAAACAUGUAAAAUAUUGUUUGAAACUAAUUAAACUCUAUUUCUGAAACAUGUUAGCACUUCAUAACUUAUUAGUACAAUUAUGCUCCAGCACUUACACAACGGAUUCAUAAUGGAUAAAAAAAAUGCUCAAAGUUUGAUAGUGAUGAUUGGAACAGUGCUAGAAACUCCUCAAGUCCUCCUUUGCCUUUUGUCAAUUUUCUAGGAUUCCGACUCUUCUCAUAAACCCACAAGUAAGCAACAUAAGUUUCAAUGUUUAUGAUCAUGUAAAAUCCUUCAAAGUCAAAAAGAUCUAAAAGGAAUUUCCUGUUACAGUUCCUAUAUGGGAACACAUUUUUACAUGAAUGGAUGUAAUGGAUGGUCAGAUUUGUGAUUUAUUUUUUGUCACCAGUCAUGUUGUUACUUUGUGAGGGGAAAUUUUUCACCAGCUUAGUAGUUCACCUGGUCUUUAUUUGUCACCUGAUGUUAUGUGAGAUACCAACACCACAUUGUGAUUUAGCUUUGAAACUCUCAGGGCGGCUGUGAGGAACAACGUGGGAUUUUUCUAAACUGAUAUGUUCUCUUCAACUUGCACGUACAGAAUAUUUACAAUAUUGCGUAAAUCAAAUUAGUUUGAACAGAGUGUAAAUCUAUACCUAUACUUGUUAUCAAUUAAUAAAAAAAUGUAUUGACAUGUGUUCUACUUCA